CUGUGGAUAUCUGGGUGCCCGCUUCGAAUGCGAACAUUACUUAACAUCAAGAGCUCCAGAAACACACGCCGAAACAUCCACACGUCGGAGGUGCCCCCUCCCUCUGGCCCUCGGGCUCUUAAUUCUGCAGCCAUUUUGGCUUAAGGGUCUUGCUCAAGACGAGCGACUGUCCUCCUUGCGGCGCGCACCUAGCAAGGACUCGUAUCCACCAGGAUCCCGUAGGGAUGGCAGGCUUGGUGGAUCCUCCUGCAAACCUGAAGGGCCCCGACCUGAUCGAGAAGAACAAGUGGUUCAUCUACAUUUGCUGCGGAGGCUGUGGCUGGGGAGACUGGAAGGACCCCCUGUGCGGCUCCGACGUCGAGGACCUGACCCAGAAGGCGACCUGCAACACGACGUCGUUGAUGAACGACGACGGUCUCUGCGCUUGCCUCAACUUUCAGAUGAACCAGACGGCGCAGUGCCAGUGCCCACCCGUGGAUGGCGCGCCGAAGUGCGUCUGCUUCAACACGCCCCUGGUGCCUGGAGGUGGCAUGAGCAAGAAGAAGGGGGACGUCGAGUACCAGGCGAUCUUCGGGGACACCUGGUGGUACACCUACAUCUUCUGCGGCGGGUAUGGCUGCAACGGUCUGAAGGCUUUGGAUCGCCCGAUGAUUGCAGGAUACCAGAAGUUCUUGAUCGUCGAGGGGUCCAUGGGCCUGAACGAGAAGAACGAGUGGCCCGGGGCGGGCAACGGCAUGGCGAAGUGCACGGCUGGCCUCUGCAGCGGCGACAAUGUCUGCAUGCAGUCUGUGGAGACGUGCCUGUGCAUCUACACGCAAGUCAAGAUCCCGCCAGAGCAGGGCGCGAAGAAGUGUGUCUGCUGCGCCAAGGACAUCGUUCCGUGAGGCACGCGCGGGGGAGUCCAGGCAGGGCUUGACGCACACAAGCCACAUAUUGAGCAUUUGAACGUGGGCGGACCUCCAAUACGAGAGGGCUACCGGUGUUUCGAUUGAUGCCAUAGUCUGACGCGCCCGUCAUCGUGCCUUUUUUUGACACGCUGCGCCACGGUGCGAACGAAACUCAGCUUGUCCUCGAGAUGAUUGCGGCUCCUCGUGCUUCCACUCCUUGGCUGCUGCACCCUCCCCGUCCCACAGCAGAGAACAGCAGAGAACAGCAGAGGGGAACGCUCGAGCUCGGACUCACUCACGCUCAGUCGUACUCACGCUCAGACUCGCCCACGCUCAGACGCUCACGGACAA